CUUUCUCUUACCCAUUCGGACUUCUCUCUCUCCUUCCCUGCGUUUAAUAGCUGUACUUUGCUUCUUUCUUUCUUUAUCCGCUCCUUCAUCUUCAUCAUCAUCAUCAUCAUCAUCACCAUCAUCAUUAUCAUUCUUCAAUUCUCGCAAAAAAAUUCGCUACUUUCGUUGCGAUCGUUUCCAAUUUCAUGCGCUUUCUUGUGUGGGGUGGAUUGGUGGUGGGUUGGUUGAUUUUAGGUUUGGGAAAAAACGCGUGACUUUGAUGAUUACGAGAUUUUCUUUACAUGGUUUUAAGCUUUUAAUGACUUUCCUAGUGACUAUUUUAUUCACUCUGGUUGGUACAUUAGGAUUAAAUUGCAUCAACAAGUCUCUAUGAUAUGGAUCAAAUGAGUCAGCAAAGGCAUGGCUAUUUUCAUUCCGAAAGUAUCCAUUUCAGAGGCAGCAACAUCUCUCCGCCUAAUGUAUGCACACUCGUGACAGCCUCAGGGCACGGAACUAAUCUAGAUUCCCAUUAUUUACUAGAUGCUUAUGACAAUGGUAUGAUGUAUGGAAUGACACAAUACAAUGGAGUUCAACAUCAACAUAAUCUUGAUAUGGGUGUUCCAGCUGCUGCCAACAUAUAUUAUUCUAGCAUGAAUCCUUCAUCUGGUCCAGCUGCAUCUCUAAAUGCUGAAGUUAGGAGAGGAAAUUAUCAAUAUUUCAAUGCCUCGGCUAGUUCUACAGUUGCUCCCCCUAACGCAAGACACACUGAAAAUGGCAUCCCCUCACUACCACAUUGUACUUCGUGGAGCAGAUCAGGCGAGUCUAUGAUGGUGCGUGACCCUAACCGUAUAACUCAAGGAAAUUAUUUAAGUCAACACUUUCAACCAGCAGCUCCUCCUCCCUGGCUGGACCAGCAGUUGAAUAGCAAUAAUAAUGAUGGUCAUGCUUUGCCUUGGCAUCAGUCUCUUCCAAUGCCAUAUGUACAAGCUCCCAGUGCUAAUGGAAGUUCAUUAGAGAAUGCAAGAAUGGGUCCUCAGAGAUAUCAUGAUACAGCUGGCAGCAGAAGUGGCCACAGAUUUCCUCAUCCUCCUCUUGUCAACCCACACUAUCAUAGCUUUCAUCAUCAAACACAGCCUGUGCAAGAAAUGAGAGGUCACUCCAUCAACUUUCACCCCCCUCCUCCAGUAACUGCACCUUCAUAUAGAGUUCCAACAAAUGCAUCACGAAGUUCUUCGAUCUUCAUACAAGAUGCUAUUGAGAUGGGUGCUAGGCAUGUUGGCGCUGCACCAUUUGCUGGUUCACGUAUAUACCGACCCCAUAGGGGCAGCAUGCAUGAGACUACUCUUAGACAUCGAAAUCUUCCUCCCGUGACCUUUCUCCAAGUUGAUGACGUUACUUUACUGGUUGACCAUCAUAAUGAUAUGCGCUUGGACAUUGAGGAUAUGUCUUAUGAGGAGCUUCUUGCAUUAGGGGAGCGGAUUGGCAAAGUAAACACAGGUUUGUCAGAGGAAAUGAUUACAAGUCAAAUGAAGACAAAAUCUUAUUUAUUACUAGCUACUAAUGCUAUUAACUUGGAGGAGGCAGCUUCCGAGGAACAGGAAACUGAUUCUUGCAUAAUAUGCCAGGAUGAAUAUAAAAACCAAGAAAAAAUUGGUAUUCUUCAAUGCGGGCACGAAUAUCACGCAGACUGUUUAAAGAAAUGGUUACUUGUGAAAAAUGUGUGCCCCGUAUGCAAAUCAGAAGCAUUGACUCCUGGAGAGAAGUGUGUAUAAAAUCUGAGAUUUACAUGUCUCUGUUCCUACAUGCACACUUCUUAGCUACUACAUUUUUCUAACGAUUUCAUGUUUUGUUGUGUAUAUGAACCCGUACAUAUAGACAGUCGCAUUGUCCAACUCAUUUAUUUGUUGGCAUCAAAACAUUGUAUGUAUCAAGUUGUACAGACUUCUGUUGAUAUAUUAACUUUAGGCAAUUACAUUGUUGCUAUUUUUUAUUUUCAUUUUUUAUAUGGAUGGUUGAAUGUGCCAUGUCCAAGUAUAGAAUGAAACUUUAUGUUUUAUUCAUGUA